UUUAGAUUCUUGUUUAUCGAAAAACGAGUCCACUCACACCCUUCACAUUGCCCAUUUCCCCUUCUGUACGCCUCCAUCAACUUUACCCUUCCUUCUUCUUCGUCACCAGUUCGCCCACGCAACCCCAGGAGACGCUUGGAUACAGAAAAAGAGAGGGGGCGAGAGAGAGAUAUACAUGGAGAGGAAGGUUCUGGUGGUUUGCGGUAUCGUGGGUUUCUUGGGGAUAUUAUCGGCUGCGACUGGGUUUGCGGCAGAGGGAACUCGGAUUAAGAGUUCUCAAGUUAUGUCUGAUCCUCCUGAUCAAUGUGUGUACCCUCGAAGUCCUGCACUACCUCUUGGUUUAACUGCAGCUCUGUCUCUUAUGAUCGCUCAAAUCAUCAUAAAUGUUUCAACUGGGUGUAUUUGUUGUAGAAGAAGCCCUCGAAUCCCUGAUUCUAGUUGGAGGCUGGCACUGGUUUGCUUUGUAUUAUCUUGGUUCACAUUUGUCAUUGGGUUUCUCCUGCUACUAACUGGUGCUGCUCUUAAUGAUCAACAUGGUGAUGAGAGCAUAUACUUUGGCAAUUACUACUGCUAUGUGGUGAAACCUGGAGUUUUUGCCGGAGGUUCACUCCUAGCCCUUGCAAGCGCAGCAUUUGGAAUUGUUUACUACAUCACCCUAAGCACAGGAAAGAUUGCCGGGGAUGGUACGUCGAUGCCAAAUCAAGGAGGAAUAGCCAUGGGACAACCACAGUUCCCACCAACCCAGACCAGUCAAGAACCAGUAUUUGUACAUGAAGACACAUACAUUAGAAGACAGUUUACUUGAUCAGUAAAUAUCUCUGGACCAAAGAGCGAUGUGUCUUGGUGGAUGACAUUUUGCACAGCAGUUUCCGUGGGUCAUGUUCUGAAAGUGAAGGUUGGAGGCUGCUUCAGUCAAUAUUUGGUUUAUUUUCAGGUAGGAUUUGUAGAUGUAUGUAUGUACACAUGAGAAAGGACAGCAUAGUUAGGGGAUUAUGAUUGUUUUGUAUUUACAAUUUGGUGGUCCAGAGCAGAUGAAAUAUGUUGAAUCUUUAUGCAUCUGUGUUAGGAGAUAUGGUCAGAAUUUGUUGAAAUUCCAGUCUUGUUUCAAUCUCGAGUGCACUUGUUUUUGCCAAUCCACUGGGGAAAAAAACAGAGAAAUUCUUAU